AUGUCACGUUUUGAUUAUAGAAAUACUUCAAAAAAUACUAGUGUUGUUGAUCCUGAUCAUAGUUCACCAAUAAUCAAUUAUCGGAAGGAUGCCAAAAAGGGGAUCAAAUUUACAUUUAUGGUGGUUGGAGAACUGGGUACUGGUAAAACUACAUUUAUUAAUAGUUUAUUAAAUAAAAAAGUUUUGAAUCAUCGUUAUGAAAAAUUGAGUCCAACAGUUGGUGAUACCAAAACAUUAAUGUUUACCCUGGCCAAAUCAGUGGCAUUACCAAACACGUCUAUAUUGACAAAGAAUGAAUUUAAUCCAAGAACUAUAAAUGAAGAACCAGGUAUUGCCUUGACGGAAACUCAUAUUGAAAUUAUUGAUGAUGAUAAUCAAAAAUUAUUGUUGAAUAUUAUAGAUACACCAGGAUUUGGAGAAAAUUUAAAUAAUGAAUUGUGUUUUAUUGAAAUUGAAAAUUAUUUAAAGCAACAAUUUGAUUUAGUAUUAGCUGAAGAAACGAGAAUUAAAAGAAAUCCUCGUUUUGUUGAUACUAGAGUACACGUUAUGUUAUAUUUUAUUACUCCUACUGGACAUGGAUUAAGAGAAAUUGAUAUACAAUGUAUGAAAAGAUUGAGUAAAUAUGUCAAUAUUAUCCCGGUUAUUGGUAAAGCUGAUUCUUUUACUUUAAAUGAAUUGCAACAUUUUAAACAACAAAUUAGAAUUGAUAUUCAAAAAUUUAAUGUUCCAACGUUUCAAUUUGAUAAUUCUUUAAAUGAUUAUGAUGAAGAUGAAGAUUAUGAUUUGAUUCAAGAAUGUAAAUUUUUAACUAAUUUACAACCAUUUGCUGUUGUCACGUCAGAAGAUGUUUUUGAAGUUAGAGAAUCAACUACUAGUACUAAAGGUAAUAAUGAUAAACCAAAAAUUAUAAGAGCCAGAAAAUAUCCUUGGGGGUUAGUUGAUAUUAAUGAUACUAGAUAUAGUGAUUUCCCCAUUUUGAAAUCUGUAUUGUUGGGGUCUCAUUUACAAGAUUUGAAAGAUUUAACUCAUGAUUUCUUGUAUGAAACUUAUAGAACUGAAAGAUUGACUAAAGUUACUGGGAAUGGACAAGCAUUUGAUGAUGAAGAAAAUGAAGAUGCUGAAUUUCAUGAUACAGUUGAACAUCAACUCAAUGAUUCCAAUAGAGGUGUUGGCGGUGAUGAUAAUAAUAAUAAUAAUAAUAAUAAUAAUAAUGCUUCUACAAUCCCAUCAAUGUCUAAUUUGGCUCAAUUGACAACUAGUACCAAUGAACAUGAUGCAAGUCAUAUUGAUAACAAUUCAAUAACAUCGACUAGUUCAUCAAUAAAGAAAUCUACUUCAAUGUUGAUAGAUGAUCAUCCUUCAUCAUCACCAAAAUUGAAAAAUAUAAGUUCUUUUACAUCAUCAACUUCUACUGUCUCACUUGAAGGUGGUGAAAAAGAAGGUGGUCAUCAUGACAGAGGGGCUAAUAGUACCAGUACCAACAAUAAUAAUAAUAAUAAUGCCUUUAAAAGAUUAUCAAUUGGACCUCAACGUAAUCAAUUGCGUCAAAUUUCAGAGACUGUACCUUAUGUGUUGAGACAUGAAAGAAUUUUGGAAAGACAACAAAAGUUGGAAGAAAUGGAACAAGCAAGUGCUCGAGAAUUGGCUAAUAGAGCAGCACUUUUAGAAAAGAAGGCAGCUCAAUUGAAAGCUAAAGAAAAAGCUUUGAGACAAUUAGAAUUAAAUAGACAAAAGCAAGAAGAACUGGCUACUUCAAGUUUACAUAGAAAAGAUAGUGAUAUUAGUGGCAGUGUUCAAAGUGGUGGUGUUGAUGAUGGUAAAUCUGAACUGACCAAUAAUAAUAAUAAUAAUAGAAAUGGAUAUGGAUAUGGACAUGGUCAUGGACAUGGACAAAGUCAUGAGUAUGAUAAUUCAGAAUAUCAUCAUGAUGAUAGUACACCAAAUUAUGAAACUUCAAGAUUGCAAAAGGAUGAAACUUUGACUGAUUUACAUUCGAUUGUAAGCAAUCAUUAA